AUGGAUCCAGUUGAAAAAAAUGAAGCUACAGCACAGUCGCGCCACUCUCGCCGCAUUCGCGCGCAAUGUCGGGCAUCGAAGGUACGAUGCUCCGGAACGCGGCCUUGCGAACGAUGCACUCGUCGCCGAGAUAAAUGCGCAUUUGCUUCCGACGAGGCCCACGUCUCCGUUCCAGAGCGAUACCUCCAAGAUUUACAGCGGGAAAUUGCUCAGCUGAAGGCAAUGCCGACCGGAACAAAAAAUUCAACUAUCCAGACCGAGCGACCGGCCUGGCGGGGGUCGGUCUCGGUCUCCGAUACCGAUCCAUCGGUGAUAACGCCGAGAUCUCUGGACAGACCGGCGAGAUCGGCGAGAACCAUCGAGAUAGACCCACCAAACUGCUUCACCUCGCCUGAAAUUCCCCGCCGGAAUGAUCACGUAUUUCUUGGUCAUACUUCGACGUGGUCAUUCUGUCGACGCGUCUUCACCCUGUUGGAAGAUGCUGGGUUAUAUUCGACCGCCCCUCGCGCACCUCUCAAUUUAGACGGUGCAGCGUUCCGUCUUCACUGGCACUCAAAGGCAGAGGUUGAUUCAAGUGACCUGCUCAAGCUUCCACCAAUUGACCAGGCAUUGUUUUUGUAUAAUACAGUCAAAUUCCGCCUGGGCGAGAUUUUCAGUGUUGUCGAUCAGCCAAACUUUUUGCGAAUAUUCGAUGAAUUUCACAAAAACCCCUUGAAGACCGCACAGAUGGAGCGGCUCUGGUUUGUUGAAUAUUUAAUGCUGCUCGCGUUUGGGAAAGCAUUCACAUCCUAUAUGAAUACCACAACCGUCGCACCACCAGGCUCUGAACUUGCUGUCCGAGCCUUAUCUUUACUCCCAGACGUGGCAUUUCUACAGGAUGAGCGCCCCGCUUUGCUUGCGAUGGAGGUUUUGGCCUUGAUUGCGUUGUAUUUCCAAUCGAUUGACAUGCGAUCCCCAGCUUAUCAAUAUAUUGGCCAAGCUCUCCGUCUCUCUUUCCACGAUGGUCUCCACCGCCGAUUUCCGGAGGAUAUCACGGAAGCUGGCAUCGCGACACAUGCUAGCAACGUUUGGUGGACAAUCUAUGUUCUAGACCAGUCCCUCUCUGCUGGACUAGGUUGUCCCCCCACUAUACCACUGAACAGUAUCACUACAUCUCUUCCAGAUAUCCAAUCUGAUUCGAUAUCGACAAAGGCACUAGCAUUAAGGAGUCGCCUUUCGCAGAUCAACUCCGUCAUUUAUAGCAGUAUGUUCGCUCUUCCAAGGUUGUGUCCCAGGGAGUACCUGCCCAGGUUUUCCAAGGCUGGAGCUAUCUACAGCUUUGACGAUACUCUUGGAUCUGACUUCAUUUCUAGCAUCACAUCUGUUUUGCAUAAACUGGCGGAGGUUUCUCGCGAAAUGGAGGAGAUCACAUCUGGUUUCAAAGCUAGUAAAGGAGAACUUCCUCAAAUGUUCUACAAUAUCACUCUAUCGCAUCAUCAUUGCAUUGUUCUUGCGACGCGGCCAUUGGUGAUUUGGCUUCUCAUUCGGAGUUUACCACCUUGCAGAUUCGAUCCACGUAUAUUAUCCGGACCCAUCGCGAAGCUGCUUGAAAAAUCAUCACAAUCUGCGACCACUACCCUGCUCAUUUUGAUAAAUCUCUCAGAACGAGAGACGCUUGAAACGUUUCUCCCAUUCACGCUAGAAUAUGCCUUUUCUUCGGCUGUGCUCCUUUCUAUCCUCGAUGCUAUCCUGCCGUCAUAUGUCCCAGAUCCCGGAUGGCAAGCUGCAGCUUCGUCUAUAUUUCAGGAGAUGAUUCAGAAAGGGAAUAUUGUGGCAAAGUUACGAAGAGCCGAGCUUGAACAUUUGGAAGCGCUCCUAGAACCUUAUCGAGCACAUGGUUCAAGCAUGCCAGUUCAACCAAAUGCCGAGCUGACAAGCGUAUGUGAAGGUGGAAGUAUGCGACGAAUAUUCUGUGCGAAUAGAACCUUCGAUUUACCGGAUGAGCAGGAGCAAAAUCUGUUCAGAAUAAAUUGGAACAGCUCUGAUGACAUCCUGGAUCCAUUCGAAACUGGUCCCGACGAUAUACUUGUCCUUGCGGAGCAGCUUGAGCAGGAUGAUUUUUGUUUUACGGUUUGA